ACGAAGCCUCCCUCAAAGCACACUGUUGACUCUUUGCAUAUGUUGAAAUUUGGCGAUUAUAACGGAAUGAAAAAGAGGAAAUGAAUUUUUCCGCGGUCGCUUCUUCUGCUUUAGUGAGUUUAAUAGUGUAAGACCGCCGGAGGAAAACAUCACAAACAAGGUGAGAUGAGGGACAGACUUGGUGAGCUGCAGACCGUCACCCCCAAGCCCGCAGAGGUGGAGCCCGGGCCCGAUGAGGACAAUGAUGUUGCAGAGAGCGAGAUGGAGAUGGAGCAACAUGCCAUCGUGUUCGAGGGAGACGAUGUCAUGGAUGGCAUCUACAAGGAGGCCCAGGGGAUGAGGAAGGAGAUGCUGCUGUUAAAAAUGGACGUGAAGCGUCUCGGAAAGCAGAACACCAGGUUCCUCACGUCCGUCAGGAGGAUCAGCAGCAUCAAACGGGACUCCAACGCGCUCGGACGUGACAUCAAGGCCAGAGGGGAGCGCAUUUACGCACGCCUGGAGAAGAUGGGGAAGCUGAGCAAGGAGCUGGAGGAGGAGCACGGGCCCGCCUCAGCUCUGACUCGAAUGGUGCGCUCACAGUAUGUCACUCUGACCCGCGCCUUCCACGACGUCAUGUCUGAGUACAACGAUGCCGAGAUGACGCAGAGGGAGAACUGCAAGACCCGCAUCCAGAGGCAAGCAGAGAUCAUGGGCAAGGAGGUGAGCAGGGAGCAGAUAGACGAGAUGAUCGAAACGGGCAAGUGGAACGUCUUCUCGGACAAUCUCCUGCUGGAGGGGAGGACUGCCAGACAUGCUCUGACCGAGAUCGAGAACCGGCACAAGGAGCUUCUGGAGCUGGAGGGCCGCAUCCGGGACAUUCACGAGCUUUUCUUCCAGAUGGCCCUGCUGGUGGAGGAGCAGGGCUGCAUGCUGGAUAAUAUAGAAUCAAAUGUGGGUGCAACUCAGGACUAUGUUGCCAAAGCCACGAUUCAGAUCAAAAAGGCUGUGAAGUACAAGAAAAACCAUCCAUGUAAAAAACUGUUUUGCUGUUGCUUCCCUUGCUGCAAAUGAGACAGUAUCAGUGUUAUUUUUUUCUGUCAGUGUCCAGAGAAUAUCAAGAUUAGAUUCAAAUCGGCUUCUUAUGCAAAGAUGCCUGUAAUAUUUUACUUUUGGUUUCUAUAUUUAUUGAACUCAAAUAUAACAAUGACCUCAUUUUAAGGACUUUAAUUGUAGGUAGAAUAUAAAUAUAAAUUUCACACUCUAGUAUCAUUUUCUUUCCUGUGCCGGUCUGAGAAGAAAUCCGCAUGUCAAACCACACGUCCACAUGCAAAUUUGUGCAAUGUGAUAUGAGUGACACAUUUCCUGAAUCUUAAUUAGAACAGCUCUAUUACUGUAAAGAAAUCUAAGCCAUAAUUUAACGCAUAACUCUCAGCUUUGUACCUCCACUUUCAGCUUUUAUGUUUUCUAAUGUUGUGAUAGAUUAUUUCUAAAUAAAUGCCUACAUGUGGGUGGUUUUUGACAACCUGAAUGUAGCAUAACUGGAACUUGUGUACUUCUUAGAGCCAUUGCUAAAGAGGUCUUUAGUAAUGGAGUGAACACAACAUAGCCUCUGAUUGUGGUUAGAUGGGGAAACAAGAUAGAUUUGAGUGAAUUGUGCAACUUUUCGCUGGCCACCCACCACAGUUAUUCAGCUCGAGGCCAGAGCUGAAUGUUUCUUAAGAUCUCUUGCUUCACAGGAAAAAAGAAAAGUCUUUGUGUUGCUUCCAUUUAUCAGAGAUGAACCUGUGUGAUGAGAUGUUCAGCCCCUUGUAGUGUUAAAGUAGGAAUUUCUGACACAACUUCACCAACUUUCAUGGUGUAUAGAGAAGGAAAUAAGUCUGUAAAGGUCGAAACUCCAGUGGAGCUGCAGCAAUUCAUUGAUUAGUCACAAAUUAUUUGCCAACCUUUUUGAUAAUCAAUUAAUUAUUUUUUAGUCUAUUAUUGUAAACAAGAAUAUCUAUUAACACAAUAAGACAUUUAGAGAUGUCACCUUGGGCUUUGUGAAAAAAAAGCAUAAUUUUUCACAAUUUUUCUAAAUUUUAUAGACCAAACAGCUUAUCAAUUAAAUUAGAAAAUAAUUGACUGAUUAAUUUACAAUAAAUACUCAUUAGUCACAGCCCUGGGUAUGUGAGUCAGCUAGAAGGUUUUCUCAGAUGUGUCUACACAAAAGGGGCUUUCAAAUGAAUGUGUACAUACAGUAUGUUCACUCAGGC